CUGAAGAAUUCCCCCUCCCUGACCUCUUCCCUUUUGGUAUGGUUGCUGCUGGUUUCCCUUUAGCUGGAAUCUCUCUGCUGAGCAGGGGAGGGGAAUGACAUCAGAGGCAAGGGGGUGUGGGGGGGUGCCCCAUUCCCCAAUUGGCCACCAAGCACAAACCAUGGGCCUAUAAAACUUGCCAAGGGACUAGCAUCCUCCAAUGAGACCGUGGCUCCACAGAUUACCCUAGCUGCCGAGAAGGGACCACAGGAGACCGGCAGCCUUGCUCACUCCUGCACUGAACAGCUGCAGCCUCUAAGCCAUCAGGGCACACAUUAGCUAAAGGCCCUGCCGCUCUGCUCUAACGCUAACCGAGCCCAGCAUGACUUCUGCCAGGAGCUUGCAUGUGAACACGCCCCUGAGGGACAGCGUCCCGCUCUCCAAGGUGGCUGGCACCAACGUCUACCUGAAGCUGGACAAUGCUCAGCCCACAGGCUCCUUUAAAAUCCGGGGCAUCGGCCACCUCUGUAAAACGUGGGCGGAGAGAGGCUGCGAGCGCUUCGUAUGCUCCUCAGGUGGCAAUGCUGGCCUGGCAGCUGCCUACUCUGCCAGGAAACUGGGCAUCCCAGCCACCAUCCUUGUGCCCACGUCCACGCCAGCUUUCACCAUCGAGCGGCUGAAGGAUGAGGGGGCCACUGUCUGCAUUGUGGGAGAGAUGCUGGAUGAGACCAUAGAACAAGCCAAGGAGCUGGUGAAGAACAACCCUGGCUGGGUCUAUGUGCCCCCUUUCGAUGAUCCCCUCAUCUGGGAAGGCCACACGUCCAUAGUGAAGGAGCUGAAGGAAGACUUGGACUCCAAGCCUGGGGCGCUGGCCCUGUCUGUGGGAGGCGGCGGGAUGCUGUGUGGAGUGGUCCAGGGCCUCUGGGAGGCAGGCUGGGAGGAUGUGCCCAUUGUUGCCAUGGAGACCAAAGGGGCGCACAGCCUGAAUGCGGCCAUGGCUGCUGGGCAGCUGGUGACGCUGCCAGAAAUCACCAGCGUCGCAAAGACCCUGGGGGCAAAGACGGUGGGAGCGGAGACACUGAAGCUGGCCCGAGAGCACCCAGUCUUCUCAGAGGUCGUCACGGACCAGGAGGCAGUCAUGGCCAUCGAAAAGUUUGUGGACGAUGAGAAGAUCCUGGUGGAGCCGGCCUGCGGGGCGGCGCUGGCUGCCGUCUACAGCGGCGUGGUGCAGAGGCUGCAAGCGGAGGGGAAACUGGGCCGUGCCCUGGGCUCCCUGGUGAUCAUCGUGUGCGGGGGCAACAACAUCACGUUGGCCCAGCUGCAGCGUCUCAAGGAGCAGCUGGGCAUCCAGAACGUCAUGGCGGCCUAGGCUGGCAGGGCACCACACGGGGGGGAGGGGCGGGGGAGGGACGGGAGCUCUGGAGUUUUAUCCAGGGCCUUAUUUUAAGCGUGGGAUGCUGGUUUUAACAGUCAGCACAUUGGCAACGAUGUUCGUUUCUAACUUGUGGUCACGUCACGUCGCCUCGCCUCGAGCGCUGGAGCACACGGGCGGAGGCUAAACCUAGGGCUCCCAACCUGCCUACAACUUCCAGGCAGGGGUUCGUCCCCAGCCCCUGAGCAGGAAGGAAUCUCCCCCAAGGUCCACACCUCCGCACGCUGCUGUGCAUUAUUAUCGACAUCUGUUCCAGGAGCCCCUCCAGGCCUGCUCGGAGAUCAGGGCCCCGUUGUGGCAGGCACUGCCCAGACACGUAGUGAGAGACUGCCAGCUCUUUGGGAGCAGGGUCUAUCUAGCCCGACAAAGGACGGGAAAGAGGCCCGGAGAGAGGAAGUGAUUUUGCCCAAGGUCACCCGGCUGAGUCAGGAAUAAACCCAGGUCUCCUAGCUCCUUCUCCACUGCCCUGACCACCAGGCCAUGCUGGGUAACUGACUCACCUUCUGCAACACCGGGGCAUGUUUAGUCUGAAGAAGACUUGGGGGGAGUCGGGGACCUGAUCGCAGUCUUCAGAUAGGUUAUAAAGAGGCUGUGAUCACUGUUCUCCGUGUCCACUGGCAGUAGGACAAGAAGAACGGGGCUUAAUGUGCAGGGAGAGAGAUUCAGGUUAGAUAUUAGGAAAGACUUUCGAACGCUAAGGACAGUUAAGCUCUGGAAUAUGCUUCCAAGGGAGGCUUUUAAA